GAAAUUUUCUCUUUUACACUGAAAAAGUUUUUAGUGCUUGAAAAAAUUACUAUAAUUAAUGAAUAAGUGAUAAAUUAGCAACUAAAAUGGAUAAAAUUGUGAGGCCAAUCAUUGGCCCGACAAAAUUACGUAGUCGGUGAGAAUCACACAUAAAACUAAUAAUAAUAAGUGGAAGGAAAACAAGACGAAAGAAGAAGGAAAGAGGAGAAAAUCAUUUUUUCAGUCUACGACAUCCAACAAGCCAAACGAAUUAAAACCAAGACGGCAAAGAAUGUUUGAAAUGAGAUAAGAAAUUCUCUGUUAAUCUAUCCGAAAAAAACGUAUAUGUAGGCAAUAAGAUAAAGACGACGGUGGAGCUUAAAGUUGUAUGAUAAAAGAAAGGAGGCAAAGCUCCCUACGUGAUGUGUUCAAGUGAAAAAACGAGAAAAUUUUUGAAUGGAAUUUUUGCGAGGGUGAAGAAAUUGCCGUGUAGCAACAUGUGGAAGUAAAAAAAAAGUUCGUCAUUUGAAAAGUGUAAAGUACUUACAUACAUACUCAUACAUUAUCAGAGAUAAGCAAAAAAAGAAAGAAAAAAGUUUUAAAAAAAAUAAAUAAUAAGAUCGUGAAGAUUAACGCGUGGUGCCAAGUGUAACGCGGAUCAUUUUUGUGUGAAUCGAAUAAAUAAGCACGAAACUUACGUGAAGCACGAAGCUUUGGUUUAAAAAUAUAAAAAAGUUUCUGUUUUCGGUGAGAGUGAGUUCAAGGAUUUUUACGAUCCUUUAAUUUUUUCGGAAGUAUAGGAGGAGAAUUGGAAAGCCGACAAAAUUGUGGGGCAUUUGAGAUAUCCAAGAAUUUCAAGAUACAAUUACGGUCCGUAUCAUUCAUCAAUUUAUCCACACCAUUCUCUUGCAGCAAUGAGCAGCCCGUAUUAUCAUCGUGACAUGGAGGACCCGAUAAGUCCAGCAUUGCCGGGACAUCAUCGUAGUCGAAGUGCAAGUCGACCACCCGUCUCGCAUACGAUGGAUUAUCCAAGACGUUAUCAAUCGUUGGACCGUGGUGGAUUUGCUGAUCCACAUGAUCGAGAAUUCGUCCCAAUUAGAGAACCAAGAGAUAGAUCACGAGAUCGUUCACUAGAGCGCGGUCUCUAUUUGGAGGAAGAACUAUAUGGAAGAUCUGCUCGACAAAGUCCGAAUCCCAUGAUGGGACCAGAUCGAGGAUAUUUGGGUGAUUUACAAUACGUAAAUACCGAUUUGCAACGCGAACUUGGCAAUCUUAAAAAAGAACUAGAAUUAACAAAUCAAAAAUUAAGUAGUUCAAUGCACAGUAUUAAGACAUUUUGGUCGCCUGAAUUAAAGAAGGAGCGAGCGAUGCGAAAGGAAGAAAGCGCAAAAUAUAGUUUGAUUAAUGAUCAACUAAAGCUACUCAACAAUGAGAAUCAGAAGCAAGCAAUGUUGGUGCGACAGCUUGAGGAAGAGUUACGAAUGAGAAUGCGACAGCCAAGCAUUGAAGUGCAACAACAAAUCGAAACAAUGUAUGCGGAAAAUGAACAUUUGACACGAGAAAUAGCAAUAUUGCGCGACACUAUAAAGGAGCUCGAAUUACGUCUGGAGACACAAAAACAAACGCUCUUGGCUCGCGACGAGAGCAUCAAAAAGCUUUUAGAAAUGUUGCAGAACAAGGGAAUGGGUAAAGAGGAAGAGCGAGCAAUGUUCCAGCAGAUGCAGGCAAUGGCGCAAAAACAGUUGGAUGAGUUUCGUCUUGAGAUACAAAGACGCGAUCAGGAAAUAAUGAGUAUGGCAGCAAAGAUGAAGACUCUAGAGGAGCAGCAUCAGGAUUAUCAACGCCACAUUUCCGUGCUGAAGGAAUCGCUUUGCGCAAAGGAGGAACAUUACAAUAUGCUUCAGGCAGACGUCGAAGAAUUGCGAAAUCGUUUGGAAGAAAAAAAUCGUAUGAUUGAGAAGAAGACGCAGGGUGCAUUGCAAUCACAACAAGAACGUAACCGUGCACAGCAAGAGCUUGCGGAGAUGAAAGAACAUACGGACAUAAAAGAUAGAAAAAUUAGUGUAUUGCAACGUAAGAUUGAGAAUCUUGAGGAUUUACUGAAGGAGAAGGACAAUCAAGUUGAUAUGGCAAGAGCACGACUUACGGCAAUGCAAGCACAUCAUUGUAGUUCCGAAGGAGCACUCUCUAGUCUUGAAGAACAAAUUGGAGAUAAGGAGAAGCAGGUGAACAUGUUACGUGAACAACGAGAUCGUGCCGAGGGUGAGAAGAUUGAGGAACGAGAACUUCAUGAACGUGAAAUUGCCGAGUACAAAAUGAAGCUUCAUUCAUUUGAAAGUGAGGUUGACAAAUUGACAACACGAUUGCAUCGAGCAUUAGCCGAAAAGGAUCGACUUGAGACAAAGUUCGAGUCCGGUGAAUUAAGCAAAUCUAGAACUACACUUGACCGAGACCGUGAGCGAGAGCGAGAAAGGGAGCGAGAGAGAGUCGAUUUGGAUUAUCGUCGUAAUGUGGAUUGGGAGUCUAAGAUUCAGCGGCUGGAAAUUGAGAACGAUAAAUUACGUGCUGAGCUUGAAAGGUCACAGUUUGCUUCUAUGUCCGCACAACCUCAGGUAUCAUUCGGACGUAACUCAUCAUCGCAAGAAUUUGAUCGUGUUCAAGAGCGUGCUGAUAAGACAGUCGCAGAAUUAAGACGAACACAAGCAGAGCUUCGCGUAACACAAAGUGACGCAGAAAGGUCACGAACAGAAAAUGCAGCCAUUCAGGAGAAAUUCGAAAAAAGUCAAAAUGAAGUGUAUCGCUUAAAAGCCAGAUUAGAAAACGCACAACAAGAACAAGACACAAUCAAACAAGAGCUUGAACGUCAUCAGACGACUGUGCAACGUUACUAUAAUGAACGUGAUAAGGUUACAAGUGAAAUGGAAAAAUUACGCGAGGAAAUGGAGAGAACGCAAGCUACGUUGGGUAAAUCGCAACUGACGCAAGAAAAAUUACAGAAUUCUCUCGAUAAGGCGACCAGUGAUGUUGAACAUUUGCAGGAGAAAUUAGAGAAAGCUACUGCUGAAAUCAGACGACUCACCCUUGAGAAAGAAAAGACAUCAUUUGACUUUGAAAAUGUUCAAGCGCAACUCGACAAAGCUCUCGGCCAGGCAGCUCGUAUACAAAAGGAACGCGAACAAGUUCAAAUUGACAUGGAACGCUAUCGCGAGAAAUGCGAAAAGAUGCAAAGUCAGAUGAUACGUGUGCAGAAGGAACGUGAUACGUUCUUCGAGGAACUUGAGAAAGUGAAAGAACGUAAUGAGGGCUCGCAGAGCUUAAUGUUAAAAGCACAACGUGAAAAAGAACAAAUACAGACAGAAUUCGAUGUACUUAAAGAGCGUUGGGAUAAGACACAUGCAGUACAUCAGAAAUUGACAAUGGAACGUGACGAUUCAUUGUCUGAAAUUGGUAUUCUCAAAGAAAAAUUGGAUAAGGCUUUAUAUGCCAGUCAAAAAUUAAUCGAUGAAAAAGAGUCAUCAACAAAAGAGUUUGAGAAAAUCCUCGAGAAAUAUGAUAGGGCACAAAAUGAAAUCUAUAGACUUCAAUCUAGAGUCGAUACAGCUGAGGCUGAUCGUAAUCGACUUGAAGUUGAAGCCGAAAGGUCCACUUUGGCUGCUACUAAAGCUCGAGAGGAUUUCAGAAAAUUACAAGAAGAGACGUCACGUUUACAAGAAGCAUGUGAUCGUGCUGCCUUACAAUUGGGACGAUCCAAGGAACUUGAAGAUAAGGCAAAGGAGGAAGUUGAUCUUUAUCGUGAACGUGCUGACAAAUUCCAAAGCGAUAUGAGAAAACUGCAAGCUGAAAAGGAGCAUUUAAUUGCUGAGGUCGAAAAACUUACAUAUGAGGUCGAUAGAAGUCACAAUACACAAACCAAAAACAAUGCAGCACUUGAAAGUGCACACGAGGAAGCUGCACGACUCAAUUUAGAAUUAGAAAAAAUGCGAGAUCGAUAUGAAAAAUCUCAAGCAGAACUUCGUCAUUUACAAGAAACAGAACAGUACUCUAGAGAGUCACGUCGACUAAAGGAAGAAAAUGAACGGCUGCGUGAACGAAUGGACAAGGUUAUGCUCGAAUUAGAGCAAAUUCGUGGAAAAUCACAGUACGAGCAGGAAGCAUAUGAAAAAUUCAAAGAAAAGCUUCAACAGAAGGAAAAUGAUUUGAGUGCAUUGGAAGCUAAGCUACAUGAGACGACUCUUCAACUUGAAUUGUCACGACAAGAGACACAAAAGUAUGUCACAAAUCAAGACAAACAACGUAAUGACUUAGAACGUACACACAUUGAGUAUGAGAAAUUAAGAGAUAAAUUCGAAAGAGUCGUGAAAGAGAUGGAACGAAUGAGAGCAACAGGCGGUACGGGAGGUCCUAUUAAUACAAUAAGUCCAAGUCAAUCAAUGAAUCCGGCCGAUAGAGGUGAAGUUGAGCGACUUAGAGAGCGAUUGGAGAAGACUUUACAGCAACGAGACGCAACCGAGCUCGAGGCAGGUCGACUAGCAAAGGAAUUAGAGAAAGCCCAAAUUCACAUGACAAAGCAACAAGAAGCAUAUGAAUCGACACGUAUUGAAUUUGAGAGAAUGUCUGCUGAACUUAAUCGUGUACUUGAACUACUUGAAAAAUCUGAGGCUGAGAAGGAGUCAAUGAGACAAAAUGCAAAGGUAUACGAGAAGAGAGACAUGCAUGCGGGACAAAUUGAGAAGAAUAUGAUGAAACUUGAAUCAGAUGCAAAACAAUUGACGGCUGAACGUGAUCAAUUGGUUGUACAAUUGGAGAAGAGUCAGGAGAUGUUGAUGAACUUCCAGAAAGAAUUGACUGGUGCUGAACAAGAGCUUCAACGGCUGCGACAGGAGAACAACACUCUUCGAAGCAGAAGUCCUCAACAAGUUCAACAGAUGCAACAAGAAAUCGCUCGACUACAACAAAUGCUUCAAGAAUCAGGUCCAAGAAACAACGGAAAUGCCGCAGAAUUGGAGCAAUGGCGUAAGGUCAUCGAACAAGAAAAAGCACGUGCAGAUAAAGCCGAAAUGGCAAUUCAAGAAUUCCAAAAACAUGCACAAGGCAUGGACAAACAAAUGCAGCAACAGAACCAACAACUCCAACAACUUCAACAACAAAUUCAACAGCAAAAUCAAAGAAUUCAGCAACAGGAACAACAAAUUCAGACACAGCAACAACAAUUACAAUCGAAACAACCAAAUCAACAACAAAACAAUGCACAAAUCAAUCAGCAACUCGAGCAGCUCAAAAAAGAACUUCAAGCAUCCAAUACCGAACGAGAUCGUUUCCAAGCGCAACUCGAAAUGUUGGUACAAGAGCUUGAGAAGAGUCAAAUUGAAUUACUCGAGGCAAAUAAGAAGAUUCAAUCAGUAUCACAAAACAAUGUUAGUCAUCAACAACAAGAUGAGCAUUUGAGGAAACAACUUGAGAUGCAAAUCAAACAAAUUGAAGAUGCGAAAAUGCAACUUGAUAAUGAAAAGAAGGCCUUUGAUGAUCAGAAGAAAUCUGUCGAGAAGAAACGAAAGGAUGUUGAAGCAAAAGAACAAAAGGUGGCAGAGCUCAAUCAGCAGCUUAAUAAGCGUAAAGAACAAAUGGAUCAAUUAGAGAAAUCAUUACAGAAGGCUGGUGGCACAGCAGCAGCCACGACAGAGCUUAGCAAGAGAUUGGCUGAUACACAGCAUCAGCUUGAAAUAACAAUAAAACAUCUUGACGAUGCUAAAGAAGAAUCGAAACGAGGAGCGGCAGAAACAGAACGACUGCUUCAAUUAGUGCAAAUGUCACAAGAAGAACAAAAUUCCAAAGAAAAGACAAUCAUGGACCUACAACAAGCUCUUAAAAAUGCUCAAGCUAAACUUAAAGCACAGCAACAAGCACAAGCAGAUGCCGCAAAUCCCGCUCAACAGGCUGCUGGUUUCCUCAAAAGCUUUUUCUAAAUUAUCUACUCAUUCUUCUUCAUUACAUUUUCGCAUUUAUAUUUAAUAUACAUUCAUAUAAUAUACAUACACAAGAAAUGCCAUCGCUCUCAACGAUUAACUUCUUCUUUAUUUUUUUAAUCUUCAAUGUCAUCGUGAUUGCUUUCUAUAUGAGAAAUAAUAAUAUCUGUGGAGAGAUUUAUGGGAAAUGAUGAUAACGUACACACGCAAAUAAAUAAAAAUUUGUAUGAAUAUGGAAUAGGAAGAAUAGAGUGUCUGUAAUGUGCAUUGAAAGUGAACAAGAGACUCAAAUAAGAAAUUGUUAUUGUCACAUAAUCCAGCAAGAAGAAGUUAAUGAGAUUAUGAAUAUCAAGUGUGUUCGUAUGAGAAAUUUUUGUACACGUGGAAAGAAAAUUAAGAGGAAGGAAUUAUUGGAUCAGAAACAAUCAACAUUAUUAAUGGAUGUAAGGCAAAGUAAGAAGAAGAUUCAAAAUUUGUGGAAUUAAGAUUUAAUUUAAAUUACAUUUUUUGUGAUAAUGAGG